CUUGCAGAGCUGUCGGAUAAGUGGAAAGUCACUCAUCUGAAGGAGCACAGGAAGGCCUUCCAGCUGAUGUGGCUCGGCUUCCUCAAGCACAAGCUGCCCCUCAGCCUGUGCAAGAAGGUGCUGGUGAUCAUGCACGAUUCCAUCCUGCCGCACCUGGCCCAGCCCAGCCUCAUGAUCGAUUUCCUCACCCGCGCCUACGACAUCGGGGGAGCUGUCAGCCUCUUGGCCUUGAAUGGACUUUUUAUCCUGAUUCAUAAGCAUAACCUGGAGUACCCCGACUUCUACCGGAAGCUGUACGGCCUCCUGGACCCGUCCAUCUUCCACGUCAAGUACCGGGCUCGCUUCUUCCACCUGGCCGACCUCUUCCUGUCAUCCUCCCACCUGCCCGCCUACCUGGUGGCCGCCUUCGCCAAGCGCCUGUCCCGCCUGGCCCUGACGGCGCCCCCCGAGGCCCUGCUCAUGGUCCUGCCCUUCAUCUGCAACCUGCUGCGCAGACACCCGGCCUGCCGCGUCCUCGUGCACCGGCCAGGGGGCCCUGAGCUGGACGCUGACCCCUAUGACCCUGGCGAGGAGGACCCAGCCAAGAGCCGAGCCCUGGAGAGUUCCCUGUGGGAGCUGCAGGCCCUCCAGCGGCAUUACCACCCCGAGGUGUCCAAGGCGGCCGGUGUCAUCAACCAGCUGCUGUGUUUGCCUGAGGUCAGCAUCGCACCGCUCCUGGAGCUAACUGCGUUCGAGAUGUUUGAGCGGGACCUGAAGAAGAAGGGACCUGAGACCGUGCCGCUGGAGUUCGUCCCUGCACAGGGCCUGCUGGGCCGCCGGGACGACCUCUGCGCCCAGUACUUCACGCUCAGCUGACCCUGGACUCCCCUCCCCCCAAUUAAAUGGUUUUGCAGGA